AUGCCUACUCGUGUUCUGUCUGAUGAGUCCCCUCACUUCCGUUUACAUCGAUCUCCCCCGUCCCAUUCUUACUUGCGAGUGUUUGGCUGUUUGUGGUUUCCUGUCCUACGUCAUUAUAAUCACAAUAAACUCCAGUUUCGUUCAUCUCCCUGUGUCUUUCUAGGCUAUCCUCCGUCUUAUUGUGGCUAUCGUUAUUUGGACACUAACAAGGUUUUUAUCUAUUGCCACGUGCGAUUCGAUGAUACUGUGUUUCCCUUUGUUUCUCCUAUUGCCUCGCAGGUUGCUACAUCGCGUUCCGAACCGUGGGUUACUGCACCAAUUUUGACGGGCCAAGGAAGUGAUGUCUCGACCAUGGUUACUGAUGGCGCUCGGAAGAUUCACGAGCCUGUGGUGACUUCUGGCGGUGAUGCCGGUCACAGUCACGAGCAGUCCGCAUUAAGUGAGCGGACUGUCUCGGACCAGCAGGUUGAGCUGCGCGGCAGGCCGCGCGAACGUCUUCGACGUGCUACUCCGCCUCCUCGGUCACAUAGCAUGAACACUCGCAGCUCCUGCCCGCAUCAACAUGUUGCCUUAACCACUAUUUCCACUAUAUUGCCUGAGCCUACCUGUUACUCUCAGGCGGUCAAGUUUCCUAAGUGGGGUGUUGCAAUGGACGUGGAGUUCAUUGCCUUGGUCCAUAAUCAUACGUGGCGUCUCGUUCCAUCUCAACAAGAUCGUGUUACUGCUUUUAUUGAUAAAUUAGCUCUUGAAUUUAAGGUUCGUGAUAUGGGUGUGCCUUAUUUCUUCUUGGGAAUAGAAACUGUCCAGUUAUCUGGCGGUAUGGUUUUAUCCCAGCAACGGUACAUGAAGGAUAUUCUCAAACGUGCUGGCAUGGUGGACUGCAAGCCAGUAAUCACGCAUGUCUCUUCUGCGAAAAUCACAGACGACGUGGUCGUUCUCUAUGUCGAUCCAACACAAUAUAGGAGUCUUGUUGGUGCUCUCCAACUGGGCCUCUCUAAAGGAGUCCUGCGGUAUGUCAAAGGCACCAUGAAUCUUGGCCUGCGUAUUUCUCAGUCUACAUCUAUGGAUAUUCACGCCUAUUCUGACUCAGAUUGGGUUGGCGAUCCGAAUGACCACAAAUCUACUAGUGGCUUUGCUAUGUUCUUGGGCAGUAAUCUUAUAUCUUGGGUUUGUCGGAAGCAACGGACGGUGGCACGUUCUUCGACUGGAGCAGAAUACAAGGGACACGCUGAUGUAUCUGCAGAAGUUACAUGGCUCGUUUCUCUGUUACAUGAAAUCGGCAUCCCGCCUGCGUCUCCUCCUCCAGUGGUAUCUUCCAAUGAUUCUUCUUUAGGUUGGACUGGAGCAUUACAAACCUGUAUGAAAUUUUGUAAAGUAUCCUCCAAAGAUGGUUGUUCAAGUUGGGAUGGGUCAACUGAUUGA